UUGUUGUUGUUCCCUGUUGCGGACAUGGAGUAGCCUGGGAGGCUGGGGCUGGAGGUGCCUAGACCCUGGGCGCGGAUCCAGCUGAAAGCUGAUUGCCUGGUAGUGAUCGCUGCUACUCAUUACAGUGCCUCUAACAAUUAAUAGGACCAUACGGAGUACAUCGAACAAACAAGUGCCGUACUGUACGUUCUAAGGUGCAGUCCGCUCUUGAUAUCAGCCCCUACUGUCCGUCUGAGGCAAUCGUCAUUGUACCUACAGCCGUAAUUACUACACGGGCAGCCGACAAAUCACAGGCCAAGGCCCCAUGCAAUAAGGUAGGAGAUGUGAGGCAUGGGUCUGGCCCCGGUCUGGCGCCUGUAUUGAUGCGUAACAGCCAACAGGUCACUUGCACAGUGUCCCGCGCAGAGUCAGACACCGUGCGCACUUUGCCCAUGGACUGUGCAUGCAGCUCGUGCGUGCCUCUUCGCCAAGGUCCCUAUGCGAACGGCGGCAAGGCUCACAUCUUCCGAUCAGACCUUACCAGAGCUGGACCCGAGGAUGCCACUUCGACGACCGCCAGAAUGGGGUUCUCACGAAGCGUACGAGCUGCCCAAGCUCUCCUCCAGUUGCAUGUGGAGAUUUGAAGAUGACUGCAAAUCGAUCUCAGCAUCAGCCGAUUCACAGGAACCGCCCGAAGUGCCCGAGGCGCUGGCUGUCAGAUUCUGCCCCUACCAGUCACUUGACGCGCCCGUGUUCGCAGUCAUCACCAAGAAGCACAUCGUCAUAUACCGACUUCCAGCAGGCCAAGAAUCAGGCGACGGCAAGGUCCUCACAAUCAUUCGCGAUGCCGACCCAGGCGCCCUCUUGUACACAUGCACAUGGAUUCUAGAUCGACGCACAAGCGUACCUUAUCUGUGCGUGGCAGGUAAAGACGCGUUGAUCAAAGUCUACGAUAUCAACAAAGGGCGGAUACACAGGACACUUUCCGGUCACGGGGGCGGAAUCAACGACCUCAACACCUGUCCAGUCAACUCGGAGCUGAUUCUAUCUGCCUCCACAGAUACCACGGUGCGAGUUUGGAGUUUUGACCCAAUUCACAAUGAGCAGCCGUGUCUCUUCAUCUUGGGGGGAGAGGGACACAAGUCUGACGUGGAAUCUGCGGCAUGGCACAGCAAGGGCCGCUACAUCGUAUCCGGCGGUAUAGAUUCUUGUGUGAACUUGUGGCUGGUCCCCGAGCUGCCUACUGCACCCGUGGAUAGCCCUGCCCAGGUCAUCUGGCCUCACUUCUCCACGGUUGCGCUGCAUAGUGCCAUCGUAGACUGCGUUGCGUUUUUCGGGGACUAUAUCUUGUCCAAGGGAAACCAGGACAACGUGAUCAUCAUGUGGAAAAUCAUGGGGUUUUCCUCUGAGGAUGAGCCCGACACCGACAUUGCCCCCUUGCCAGCCAUCCACAGACCAGGCAACAAGGACCCUUCACAACUCACGCGGUCCGCCUUUGUGCCCCGAGUCACGCGCCAGUGUCCCACGCAGUACGAGCGACGCAUGCAGUUCUCGACACCCAAGGUGAACGAGUUCUUCUACACCUUCUUCGAGCUACACCACCAGCCAGACCAGCACCCGAUUCUGACCUUUGCCAACCCGGCUGGCAGCGUGUACUUUUGGAGUCUCCAGCGUAUCGUGGAGUACGACCGCAUUUCGACCCUGAUACGUAAGAGCAAGAAGAGGAAAGAGGCAAAGUACCUACCACGAUGGCUGCGACCUGACACGGGCAACCCGGCCACCGAUACGGCGGCCUCGUACAGUUGUGAUGAGUUUAGAGAAGCUUGGGAUGACAAGUACACCAUGGUGGAUGGCCAGCACGCCCUCGAGCCGCAUGUGACCAUCAAUGUCCCCAGGUCGAGGUCAGCCAGCAAUAAGUUGGAACCGGACUUCUUCGGAAGGCAGAUCUCAUGGAGUCCCAAUGGGGAGUGGUGUGUCGUGUCAGGGUCCUUGAAUCGUGUUUUGAUGUUGCGGCGAUGGCAUACCCCUCAGCAGGAGUCGAGCACCACGAGUAGUUAGUCUAGCCGUUUGGCUUGGGCACAUAGCGUCGGGACACGGGAUUGAAUUGUCAUGAGCAGGCCAUUGUAUGUUUGAUGGUCUUGGAUUCCAAGGAUAAAGUCUCCCUAUCGUUAUCACAAAUGACGCCCGUGAACACCCUGUUCGGCUUGAGUCCGAAGCAACUCCCAGAUUCGAAGAAAUACAGUUCGUAACGCCACCCUGUCCAACGGACUCUACCCUCUUGUCUUUUGGUAUUUUGCGUAUGCUGAAUGUUCUCUAAAAUGUGCAAAAAUGCAAUGUCUGGUUGGUUACGCUGUCAAAGGGGCCUUUCCGACCUCCUCGGCGGCACCAGUGGCGUGGAAGCCGUCCAGGGUGACGGUGACAGCACCGGCUUGCACAAGCUACGC